AUGAAUGAGGUGUGUGACACGAAGGGGCACUUCCCGGACUCCGACGCGUGUGACACCCGCUGCUAUGGCGUCUCCUCCCACGACGUCCCCCCGCUUCCGUCUGGCGCGAAACCCUCCAAAAAGGCCAGGAAAGCCGCCAAGUCGACCCCGCCUCCUCCGGAGGCCGACCCCCUGGAGGACCACCUCGCCGGCAGCCUCUAUCAGCCCAGGGACCUCUGCGCGGACUGCGGCUUCCCACGUGGCAGCAGCGUCCGCUGUCCCGCGACGUCACGGCAUCACGGCACCAACGCCCCUCUCCCUGAUCCCACAGGGGGAAAGGUGAAACGACGGAGCUUCCUCGGCCGUGUCGUCAAAAAGCUCUUCUCACGACACGCCAAGCCGGAGGAGGCCGAGAAUAGCCCUUUUACGAGCCUCGCCCCGGGCCCACGCUCCUCGGUCAGCGGCUGCGGCCCAAGCGAGAGCGCUGAAGGGAGUGGGUCCGACAACGCCGGAGGGGCGGAAGCCGGAGAGGCGAAAAGCCCCUGA